AUAUCACUUGGUUCGAAACCCUAAACCCCCAAAUCCUCCUCAAAACCCUCUGAAUCCACACCACAAUCUCUAAAUCGAUUAAAAUGGAGCAGCAGAAUCACUCCGAAAACCAAACCCUAGAUUCCAACACAGAUGAAGAAAUCGAACAACUUCAAAAUCUAGAUGAAGAAGUGAAAUUAAUGGCACAAAAAAUCGCUGAUUUCAGACAGACAUUACCAGAUCAGCUCAAGGACACUCUCGCUUCCAUUAUUUCCGCUCAGAGACCGGUUAAUUUGACUUUUCUUGAUGGUGAUUCGGAUCCUGGACCUUCCGACGUGAUGACCUGUCCUGAUUCAGAGGAUCCAGAGCACACUGAAAAACUAGAAAUGAUUAAACAGAAGAUCUCCGACAAUGCUUCAGCAAUGCCAUUACUUGUGAAGCGAAUGAAAGCUUGUAUCUCGAGAAUCGAUCAACUAGAUUCCUUCAAACAAGACAUGAUUCACCCUGCUUUUACCAGAAAAUGGUCAACCUGAGAGGAAAACUUCAGCCAGAUAGGGAGUUGUAUAACGAGUUGUUGGCUUCUGUUGCUAACCGUUUUGGCUAUUCUUUGCAGACAAGACAUCGUUUUCAAUGUUGAUGCGGAAAAUUAACUCAUGUUUAAAUGUAUCAUAAAGUUUGUUGACAACUUUUUAAAGAAUAGGUAUGUUGUUCGGUUUUAAGAUUCAAGAUGGCGGAUUUGUGUGUGCGCUAGCUUGACCCGUU